CGCAGAGUCCCCGCUGCCGGGAAGUCCGCGCCAAGCGCCCCUGCCCAAGUCUUCCAAGAUGAGCUACACGCUGGAGCCGCUGAGCAACCCGUCCUACCGGCGGGUGGCCGAGAGCCGGACCACCUUCAGCCGGGCCAGCGUGUCGCCGUCGAGCGGCUUCAGGUCCCAGUCCUGGUCCCGCAGCUCGCCCAGCACCGUCUCGUCGUCCUACAAGCGCAACCUGGGCGCCGGCGCCGCGCAGCGGGCCUCGUACGGCUCGACCGUGCUGAGCUCCUCGGAGAGCCUGGAGCUCAGCCAGUCGUCGCUCUUCAACGGCGGCGGCGCGGGGGACAAGCUGAGCCGCUCCAACGAGAAGGAGCAGCUGCAGGGCCUGAACGACCGCUUCGCCGGCUACAUUGAGAAGGUGCACUCGCUGGAGCAGCAGAACAAGGAGCUGGAGGGCGAGAUCGCGGCGCUGCGGCAGAAGCAGGCCGGCCGCUCGCUGCUGGGCGACGCCUUCGAGCAGGAGCUGCGCGAGUUGCGCGGCGCCCUCGAGCAGGUCAGCCACGAGAAGGCGGCGCUGCAGCUGGACUCCGAGCACCUCGAGGAGGACCUGCAGCGCCUCAAGGAGCGCUUCGAGGACGAGGCGCGGCUGCGCGACGACACCGAGGCCGUCACCCGCGCCCUGCGCAAGGACAUCGAGGAGGCGUCGAUGGUCAAGGUCGAGCUGGACAAGAAGGUGCAGUCGCUGCAGGACGAGGUGGCCUUCCUGCGCGGCAACCACGAGGAGGAGGUGGCCGAGCUGCUGGCCCAGAUCCAGGCCUCGCACGUCACCGUCGAGCGCAAGGACUACCUGAAGACCGACCUGACCGCCGCCCUCAAGGAGAUCCGCUCGCAGAUGGAGUGCCACUCCGACCAGAACAUGGUCCAGGCCGAGGAGUGGUUCAAGUGCCGCUACGCCAAGCUCACCGAGGCCGCCGAGCAGAACAAGGAGGCCAUCCGCUCGGCCAAGGAAGAGAUCUCCGAGUACCGGCGGCAGCUCCAGGCCAAGAGCAUCGAGCUGGAGUCCGUCCGCGGCACCAAGGAGUCCCUCGAGCGCCAGAUCACCGACAUCGAGGAGCGCCACAACCACGAUCUCUCCUCCUACCAGGACACGAUUCAGCAGCUGGAAAACGAGCUGAGAGGUACCAAAUGGGAAAUGGCCCGCCAUUUGAGGGAAUACCAGGAUCUCCUCAAUGUCAAGAUGGCUCUCGAUAUUGAAAUUGCCGCAUACAGGAAACUUCUUGAGGGUGAGGAGACAAGAUUUAGUGCCUUCUCUGGAAGCUUCACUGGACCAACAUUUACACACAGGCAACCAUCCGCAACAAUAUCAACUACCAAAAUACACAAGUCGAAAGCUGAACCUCCAAAGUUGAAGGUCCAACAUAAAUUUGUAGAAGAAAUCAUAGAAGAGACCAAAGUAGAAGAUGAGAAAUCUGAAUUGGAUGAAGCCCUGGCCGCUAUGGCUGAAGAAUUAGCUGCCGGAACUGGGCUAGAACAGAAGGAGGAAGAGGAAGAGGAUGGAGAGGCAGUGGAGGAGGAAGUUGUAGCAGAGGAAAAAGCAAAGGUGGCAGCAGCAGCACCAGAAGCUGAGGAAGAAGAAGGAGAGGAGGAGGGUGAGGACGAAGAGGGUGCAAAAUCUGAUGAGGCAGAAGAAGGAGGAUCUGAAAAAGAGGAGGAGGAGGAGGAAGAAGAAGAGGCAGGUAAAGAAGAAGCUGAGGGAGAGGAAGCUGAAGGGGAGGUGGAGGAAGCCAUUACCCCAAAGAAGGCAGAAAUGGCGAAAACCUCUCCACCUAAAUCUCCUCCUAAAUCUCCUGAAGCUGAAGAGGCAAAAGAAGAAGGUGGAGAAGAGGAAGAGAAGGAAGGUGAAGGAGAGGAAGCUGAAGAAGAGGAGAAGGCAGGGUCCCCAGCAAAGGCUGGUUCUCCUGAGAAAGCAGGAUCACCAGAAAAAGCUGGGACUCCAGAAAAAGGCUCUCCAGAGAAAGCUGGUACUCCAGAGAAGGGAUCUCCUGAAAAAGCUGGCACUCCAGAGAAGGCAGCAUCUCCUGAAAAGGCUGGAACUCCAGAGAAGGCAGCAUCUCCUGAAAAGGCUGGCACUCCAGAGAAGGCAGCAUCUCCUGAAAAGGCUGGAACUCCAGAGAAAGGGUCCCCUGAGAAGCCUGCUACUCCAGAAAAAGCUGCAUCUCCAGAAAAAGCUGGGUCCCCAGUGAAAGAAGUGGAAGAGACCAUUUCAGUUGCCAAGGCAACAAAGGUUGGUGCCGAGAAAGAAUCCAAAGAAGAGAAGAAAGAAAAAAGUGAGUCCACAAAAGAAGAUAUAGCAGUGAAUGGAGAGGUGGAAGAAAAGGCGGAGGAAGAGGAAGACUCCAAGGGAAAGCAAGUAGAGGAAGAGGACAAAGGUGUAGUCACCAAUGGCCUGGAUGUGAGCCCAAUGGAUGAGAAGAAGGGGAAGAGUGAAGAGAAAGUUGUGGUGACCAAAAAAGUAGAGAAAAUCACAAGUGAAGGAGAUGAUGGGACGAAGACAUACAUCACGAAGUCUGUGACUGUCACCCAGAAGGUGGAGGAGCAUGAAGAAACAGUGGCAGAGAAAAUGGUGUCCACCAAGAAGGUAGAGAAGGUCACCUCACAUGCCGUAGUGAAAGAAGUUAAGGAGAGUGACUAGAUAAUCAUCCCCCCUCCCCUUCUAAAGAGCUUGGGUCGGUGCAAAAGGUUAAGCCAUAUGACAGCUGCAAAAUGCAUGUAACGUGAUGGCUUCUAAGCAGAGCGGGUUCUCCCGUGGAGUCUCCAGAAACACACUAUUUUAUUUUUGAUUUAUUUUUGUGCAGUACCCAGGGUGGGAGGGAAUGCAUGCGAGCCCAAGAUGCACUCCCUCUGCAGAAUUUGUGGGGGGUUAAAAAAAAAAAAAAAACCAUGCAUGAGCUGAUAUUCUUACAGAGGAAGUUGCUGAAUUUCCUAAGCUGCUGAUGGGACGCUUCUGAGGAACGUCUUAAGAUGUAUUAUGCAAAGAACCACCUGAGCCAAAUACAAAUAAACAAUAACAAAAUGAAUGAAUGAAAAAAAAAUACCCAGAACUUUCUCCUAGCCUUAAGCUAUGUAAUAAUUAUGUUUACCUCACUGGUGCAAUUAAGAUGGACUUUUGUUCAUGGGAGAACCUACCUUGACAUGCACAGUAUGCAACCUUUUGUUGUUCGAUGUAAGGCAGUCACAGCAGUCCGUGCUUAAUAAAGGUCAUAUUGGAAAUGUG